AUGAGCGAUGAGGAUGUCGUGGAAAAGGCCUUGGACCUCGGAGUUGUGUACUUCAAGAAUGAGGACUACAAGAAUGCCAAUAGCUUGUUUACCAAAGCCAUGCGGUUAGCUCGCUCGUAUAAGACAGAAGAUAUAGAGAGCAUUCGGGUGUCGCACGGUUUGAGCAAGAGACCCUUUUAUGAAAUUGGGGAAUUAGUACACCCAAGGCUGGUCAAGUUGCUUGACAACCGCGCCGCAACAUGGGAGAAGAUAGGAGAUCUCAAAAAGGCGCUGAAAGAUGCCAACAGGGCCACAAGGUUUGAGCCGUAUAAUUUGAAGUGUUACUUAAGGCGAGGAAAGAUCCUGCAGAAGCUUCGGAUGGACGGCCAAGCAUUAGAGAACUACGAAGAAGGCGUAAAAGCUAUCCGAGAUAUGACUCGGAAAUACCACUUGGAUCCUCCAAAAAAGCUCUACGAAGCAUUAGAAUAUCAGAAAAAUCUGGUGUCAAGAAGACUGAAGGGGCCCAAAACAUCGGUCGCAAGUAAAAGCGAAAGAAAACGCACGUUGCUGCCACAAGUCAUGCAACCUACUGAGAAAAAGAUGGCCGUUGACACGCGGGCUAUUCCCAUACUAGAUAUCCUCGGCCAGUGUCCACUUGAAAUUUUGAAGAAAAUUCUUUGCAACCUUGACAGCACAGAUUUGAGCAGGUGCCUCCUUGUUAGCAAAGUGUGGCAUUCGCGUAUUUGUUUAUUGCCCUCUGUUUUCAAUCGUUUUGACCUAAGCUCCUGCACGUAUCGAAAAAUUAUCUCAUUUCAAAGAUUCAUCAACAAGAUGUACGUUAAUGCUGGGCGCCAACAGAUUGACCACAUUAAAUUUCGCUCUUUAGCCGCAUCAACUGAAAGCAAAGUUAUACCAACGCUGCUUCAGGAUCUCAAGCCGCUUGUCAAAACUCUUAUUAUUCAACAUCAAUUCACAGACCUUGAGUCGAUUACUACCUCUCUCGUCAGAAACAAAUCUCUGGCUGCUGGUUUGAAAGAGGUUAGCCUUACAUGUGAAUACAAGAAAAAGAUUGGUACGCCACUAGAAGUAACUCUAAUGGCUCUUUUGAAGAAAAUACAAAAACUUGAAAUGGUGUUUCCAAACUCUUCGAAUGCCAACCGCAGUAAGGUCUCGAUCGAAGACCAAAAUCAUGAGCUUUUUAUUCGCAACGUCCAAAAUUUGAGAUCAAUGAGAAUCAUAUGCAAUCACAAAAACACAUCUCCUCAUUUUCCGUUCAAAACCAUUAUUACAUCAGAAGCUUCAUUUAGAAUUGAGAAAUUAUUCAUAUCUGGUGUAACUUUUGACACCACUAUGGGGUUUGAGUGGUUGGCAAACUUCAGCAAUUUGCGCGAGUUGUGGCUAGAGAACAAUAAAAAUGCACAAUUAGAAGAGUUUCUCCGUGUUGUGAUUUACAAACCGCUGUUCAAUAAACUUUCAAAACUCACAUUCCGUGAACACAGAAUAACUGGCAGACCUGUGAAUUUGGCUCAGUAUCCGCACCUAGCGGAAAACUGCAACCUGCUCAACAACUUUUCCUCCAUCGAACACCUUGAUGUGAUGAGCAGUUCAAUAGGCGCCAAAGGGUUGUUGGCGGUUCUUUCAGCAGUGGGCCCAGACCAGCUUAAAGUAUUGAAUAUAGGGGACUGCCCAUAUAUUCAUUUCCAGAGGGGCAAUAGCAGUGGAUUCCUGGACAUGAGAGAUCUACUACUCAAAAUCCAUCAUAUUGAGGAGCUUUGCCUUCACCAGUCUGUGGCUUUAGACGACCAUGCCAUAAUAGAACUGGCCAAGAACGUUCGGCAUAUUAAGAAAAUUAGAAAGCUGGAUCUUUCUUUUAACAUGUCUCUCACAGGCGUUUCGAUUUACCAGAUGCUCCGUUCCUUCAAAGAGGAAUUUAUCAUAUUGGACAAGUUGAUAAUUGAUGGCUGUCCGUCUGUUUCUGAGGGCACUGUGAGCGCUUUGAAAGGUAGCGGGUUUGUUAGGGAACUAGUAUGUUCUUAUGAAAAACUGGCCUGGGGGACCUUCGGCAUCAAUUCUCUAAAAUAUCCGUCAUAA